AGGAGGGGUAAAUAAUAUAACUGAAACGAACAUAAAUUAUAAUAGUCAUGAUGAUCAGCGUAAUGUGCGAGGAAUGACGACAGGUGUCAGUUUCGCGUUUCUUUCCCGUCAUUAAUGUGGUGAAGCAGGAGCAAACGUAGCUCGAUUGAAAGCUAAUAUUCUCCAUAUUAUUUAUCUCUCUCGUUACGAACUCCUCUCUAGACAUUUUUGUACAACAUUAUUUUGCAUCGACACUGCCUUCUCACAAGGGAAUUACAACAGCAGGUCGUAGCGGGAUUGUUGGUUGUUGUUCUUACAAUUUGAGUUCUAGAUUGUGCCAAAUUAUGACAUUGUCAUUGAAAAUAUGAAUGAUGUACCAAUCAGCAACUGCACCGUAUAUGCGGCUGCAUGUUGAACUAAAGAGAUGCAUGAUAAUCCUCGUACUCGUCCAUCUUCCUCCGUGUCACCAAUGACGUCCGUGCGCGUUCAUGUGAAUUGUGAGCGGUCACGUGGAUAACGGGUCUGGGAUAAAGCGCAAGUGUAUUUAUUUCCUUGGAUGCGUAUUAUUUUUGGUCGACCCGAGACACACUAUUCAUUUCUUAUACGACAGAAGGGAAAAUAAUUCAACACAAAUGGCGAAUAAAUUGUCGUUAAAAUUGUAGGUUUAUUUUGAUAGAAAAACAGUGUCCAGCUCAGUAAGCGUUUGACAACAAUCGUCGUGUGAUCCUGCCCAUGGUUGAUGAUGGAGGAGACAGGUCCUCGCAUAGCAGACUACUUUGUGGUAGCAGGGCUCACUGACUCCUCCAAGCCCUUAGAGGAGGAACUGCAGCUGGACGAUGUUCCUGGUCGCUCUCCCCGCUCGGCCCCUGGUGGUCGGCCCCUGGCCCCCAUCACAGACGUAGCUGUGGUUAUAUCCUCACUGGGGGAAGCGGUUCCUCAGGGUUACACCUGCCUAGAGUCCACCCCGUCUGGUCUGUCUGCAGAGCUGAACGGAGCCAGUCUCAGAGGGCCUCAGAUCUACCUCUGCUACAAGAGAGGUCGAGAUAAACCUCCUCUCAUUGAUCUGGGGGUUCUGUAUGAGUGGAAGGAGAAGCUGAAGCCUGGCUGUCACAUCGUCCAAACCACUCCCUCUGGUCGUCCUGCCAACAUCAGUAGCUCCUCCUCCCAGCGCAUCUACAUCACCUAUCGCCGCUCCCCGCAGAGCCAGCCUCACACGUCAUUGGCUGUCACAGAUGUCUGCAUCAUCAUCCCGGGCAAAGGGGAGACGCCCCCUCACACCUUCUGCAAGGUGGACAAGAACCUGAACAGUAGUAUGUGGGGAUCCUCGGUGUACCUGUGUUACAAGAAGUCACUGGCUAAAACCAACACAAUCGCAUACAACGCAGGUCUGUUGUGUAGGUACCCAGAGGAGGACGAUGAGUCUUUUCCCCUGCCGGAGUCUGUUCCUCUGUUCUGUCUGCCCAUGGGAGCGAGCAUUGAGUUCUGGCCAGCUCACACCAAACACUCCCUGCCUGUCUUCUCUACCUUUGUACUGACUGGAGCCUCUGGAGACAAGGUGUAUGGAGCUGCCAUCCAGUUCUAUGAGCCGUACCCAGAGGAGCAGCUGAGUGACAGACAGCGUUCUCUGCUGGGGCUACCGGGCACGUGCAGUAGCAGCGAGGGGACAAAGAGCGUUCACGCUAACAAGAGUAUCUGUUUGCUGUCACACUGGCCGUUCUUUGACUCAUUCAGGAACUUCCUGACGUUUCUCUACAGAUACUCCAUCUCUGGACCACACGCUCUGCCCAUAGAGAAGCACAUCUCCCACUUCAUGCACAAAGUCCCGUUCCCCUCGUCACAGAGACCACGCAUCCUGCUUCAGCUGUCUCCACAUGAUAGUCUGAUGCUGAGCCAGCCUGUCUCCUCCCCUCUGCCUCUCAGUGGUGGUCGUCUCUCCACUCUGCUCCUUAACCUGGGCCCUAAGAAUGCGACCACUCUGCUGGUGCUGGCCGUAACAGAACACAAGAUCCUGGUCCACUCUCUCAGACCGGCCGUACUGACCAGUGUUACGGAGGCCCUGGUGUCGAUGAUCUUCCCCUUCCACUGGCCGUGCCCCUACAUCCCUCUGUGCCCUCUGGCCCUGGCAGAUGUUCUCUCUGCCCCUUGCCCCUUCAUCGUGGGCGUCGACUCACGCUACUUUGACCUCUACGUGCCUCCGCCCGACGUCUGCUGUGUCGACCUGGACACCAACAACAUAUUACAUAAGGAGGAGAAGAGGGCCCUAACGUGGAAGAUACUACCACAGAAAGCCUGCAAACAUCUCCUCAAUACCCUGGGUAGACUGUACCAACAGCUGACUGAAGGUGGCCAAGUCAGCGGCGAGGACGGUCAAAUGGAGCCCACUGCGAUUGACCCAGACCUGGCGAGCGGAGGGAAGAGCCUCCACACGCUAGAGAUGCAGAUCCAGGAAGCCUUCCUUAGGUUCAUGGCGGCCAUAUUGAAAGGGUACCGCUCUUACCUCCUCCCCAUCACGCAGGCCCCCUCCGAAAGGACCACGGAUGCAAGCUCGCUGUUCGACUUGCAAGGGUUCUUGAAGAGCCGGGAUCGUUCCCACCAGAAGUUCUACUCCCAGAUGAUCAAAACCCAGAUGUUUAUCCGGUUCAUCGAGGAAUGUUCCUUCGUCAGCGAUAAAGACGCCAGUCUGGCCUUCUUCGACGAGUGUGUUGAUAAGAUUUACAGCAAUGGAAGCAAGAUUCAGAUGGACAGUGAUGGACCAGAAGACACCAGGUUGAUAGAGCUGGACGAGUCCCAUCGCAGUGAACACACAGUCUACAUCAACCCUCCUGAACUAAGACUGUUGGCUCAGGGAGAGGAGCACCCACUCUGCUAUAGCUACUCUGGGUUUCCGGUGCUGAGUCGUGAUUUGUUGGAGCUCCAGGAUGGACCUCGCCCCUCCUCAGCCAGCCUGACACAGAGACACACCAGUCCAGCCAGCCCUGCUGCCAUCUUUAGGCGAUCCAAACAGGAGAUUCGCUCGGCCCAGAGGAUGGCUAAAACCCACGCCUCCGUACCCCAGAUGUGGUCUAAGUGUCUGCUGCGUCACUGUUACGGCCUGUGGUUCAUAUGCCUGCCAGCCUACGCCAGCGCAUGCCACUCCAAGGUGCGGGCACUACGCAUGGCCUACGACAUCCUGAGGAAGAUGCAGGACAAGAAGCUGCAGGCAUCUGAUGAGGUGUGUUAUCGGGUGUUAAUGCAGCUAUGUGGACAGUACAGCCAGCCAGUCCUGGCGGUCAGAGUUCUGUUUGAGAUGAAGAAGGCUGGAGUUCAUCCCAACGCCAUCACCUAUGGUUACUACAACAAGGCGGUGUUGGAGAGCACGUGGCCGUCCACAGGAAGUAGAGGAGGCUACUUCCUGUGGGCCAAGCUGAGGAAUGUGGUCCUGGGGGUAGGACGGUUCAAACAGACAGUCCAGAACCAGAACCAGAACCAAACCCAGAGUAGAGACACACAGCUAUCAGACUACAGUGAUCUGGACACAGUCAGUCAUGGUAGUGAAGACAGUACUAACGACUCAGUUGAGCGGGUCUCAAUCGAUACAGACUUCACUAAGAUGGACUCCAGCGAUGAUGGAUCAAGCACAGGUGGCCAAUCAGACCAAGGCUAUGACUCUCUAUCUAAGGAGGAGGAGAGGAUGGUGGGAAGGGACAGCGACAGAACACCACUAGCGCAGGAGAAGUCAGAGAGGGAGUCUUGUCCUCUGACUAGACAGGACCACACCACCAGCCCCGUUGACUCCAAAACCUCCUGUGGUACCAGACCAAAGAACCGGAGGCUGAGGCCCAACUCCUUGGACCUGACCGGAGGACAGGGGACUCUCAGGACCAUCACCCUCAACUUCACCUCCACCACCAUGCAGGUCCGAGGCCCUGCUCCGAAACGCCCCCCGCCUCCCAACUGCAAACCUGGGAAGGCUGAGGCCAGUCAGGCGGUGCCCACCCAGAACCAGAAGAGAUUGGAUGGGGGACAGGGGGAGGAGGUAGAAGGCAGUAAGGACAGACAGACACCUGCCAAAGAGGUGGAAAGGAGGAGUGUGAACAUCAGUGUUGGAGACACUGAAAGGCCUGUAACUCACAGUGUUAGUGGAGAUGGAGCUGUAACCCACAGUGUUAGUGUAGAUGGAGCUGUAACCCACAGUGUUAGUGUAGAUGGGGCUGUAACCCACAGUGUUAGUGGAGAUGGAGCUGUUAGUGGAGAUGGGGCUGUAACCCACAGUGUUAGUGGAGAUGGAGAUGGAGCUGUAACCCACAGUGUUAGUGGAGAUGGAGCUGUAACCCACAGUGUUAGUAGUGUUAGUGGAGACGGGGCUGUAACCCACAGUGUUAGUAGUGUUAGUGGAGACGGGGCUGUAACCCACAGUGUUAGUAGUGUUAGUGGAGACGGGGCUGUAACCCACAGUGUUAGUAGUGUUAGUGGAGACGGGGCUGUAACCCACAGUGUUAGUAGUGUUAGUGGAGACGGGGCUGUAACCCACAGUGUUAGUGGAGACGGGGCUGUAACCCACAGUGUUAGUAGUGUUAGUGGAGACGGGCCUGCAGAUUGCAGUGUUAGUGGAGACGGGGCUGUAACCCACAGUGUUAGCAGUGUUAGUGGAGACGGGCCUGCAGAUUGCAGUGUCUCCAAACAGAACAGUGUAAGAAACAGCAGUGAAAUCGUGGGCGGAGCCGUGAAGAGGACAAGCAUCGUUGAGACUGGCUUUGACCCUCUGUCCAUUAUAGUAGCUGAGACGGAGACAGAGGGUGAUGGGGACAGUAGCAGUACCUCCACAGCCCGCCGGGACCUGGCAGAAGAGAUAGAGAUGUACAUGAAGGUUCUGAGCCCUCUGAGCAGCAGGACCGCCAGCAUGGACUUUCAGAACCCGUCCAGCCCGCUAUUCCACGCCACCUCCAUCCCAUCUAAACACUCCUCCCGCCGACCUCGGCCCCUCAGCCUAACCCACUCCCCCUGUACCUCCCCCCGACCACCUCCUCCCUUGCUUCGUGCCAACUCGCACCUCCCCCUCUCCAGGCCCAAAGGACGUCUCCGCCCCUCCUCCCUGGUCUCCCCCUCCUCCCUGGUCUCCCCCUCCUCCCUGGUCUCCCCCUCCUCCCCAACUCUCAGUCUGGACAUGUUUAAGAGCAGCUUCCUGUCAGCAGGGAAGGGGGUGGCUGAGAAGGCCAGCAGGCUCUACUCCCGCCUAUCAUCACAGACAUCACUCUCACAGGAUGUGAACUGCGACCAGAUCAGCGUGUCAUCAAUGACCUCAGUGGACCCAGAAUGCACCUCUCUGUUGGAGGAGGGCUCUGUCCUGGACCCUGAAGGUUUCACCUCCUCCUACGCCUCGCCCCAGCACGACAGCAUCGCGUGCCUGAGGAGGAGCCCAGCCAGGGGACGCCUCGUCUCUCAGAGCCCCACCUCGCCCUGCAAGGUGUUCCGCCACAACUCCUUCUCUAGUGGUUUGGCUCCUCCAUCUAGAGGUCCCCAGACUCCAGACUCUUCUCCUGAUGCCUCCCGCUUCUACCUCCGUCACCACUGCACUACCGAGGUGUUGAUGUCUAGCUGCUGUCGCUGUAAGACAUGUGACUGUCUGGUGUAUGAUGAAGAGAUCAUGGCAGGAUGGACGGCUGAUGACUCCAACCUCAACACCACCUGUCCCUUCUGUGGCGCUUCCUUCCUGCCCUUCCUUACUGUACACAUCAGGGACCUGAGACACAGGACCAGUGACGAGAGUCACCAACCUUCAGGAGAGGACACAACGUCUUCAGUCAACCCUGAGACUGCAGCUGGAGCACUGACACCCCAGUCAACCACAGCUCCAGCAGCGGAGCAACAGGACACUAAGGGUGUAGCUGGGUGUCCACGGGACCCUGUCCCAGGCACAACUUCAGAUCCAACCUCAGCCCCACCUUCAACCUCUCCCCCACCUCCAGCCUCUCCCCCACCUCCAGCCUCUCCCCCAUCCCCUGCCUCAACUACAACUCGUAGUUCCCCAGUGAGUAGUUCUCCAACCCCAACCCCAUCCCCAUCCCCAUCUCCCCCAGUCCCGGUGACAGUUCCCUACCUGAGUCCCUUGGUUCUGUGGAAAGAGCUAGAGUCUUUGCUGAGUAAUGAGGGGGACCAGGUGAUCAGUUCUCCCAGCAUCGUGGACCAGCACCCUAUCGUAUUCUGGAACCUGGUGUGGUGCUACCGCAGACUGGAACUCCCCUCUCAUCUGCCCGGUCUCAUACUGACCUCACAGCACUGCAGCCAGGGACACGUACCGCAGGUCCCAGCCCAGAGCGUGUCUUCAGAGGACAGUAAACAUGUCCUGGUUCGCAUCCUGUGGGACAACCCAUCACUCCACCAGGACUCCGUCCAGGCCCUAUACAUGCUCUGGCACGCACACUUCUCUGUCCCCUCAGCCAGUGGAACGGUGUAUGAGGAGGGCCAGCCCCAGGACCAUCUCUUCUCCUCUGAGUUCCUACAGGGUGCAGUGAGGAACAUCCAGAAGGGGGAUGUCUACCAGCCCAUGAGUCAGAUCCUACAGCUGCUGGGACCAGAGCUGGGCUUCAACAGACAGAGGAGUCUGUACAGAGAUCUCCUCUUCCUGGCGUUGACCGCUCUGGGGAAGAGCAACAUUAAUAUUGAUGCGUUUGAUCGUGAGUACAAGGCUGCUUACGACCGCCUCAGCCCCAGCCAAGUGAAGCUGACACACAACUGUGACCGGCCCCCGGGAGCAGGAGUCAUGGAAUGUAGAAGGAUGUUCGGGAAACCCAUUCUGUGACCCCCCCGGCUGCUAUCCAUCCAUCCAUCCCUCCCAAAACAUGACUGCUGCUCACUUACUACCAGCCCCUCUCUCUCUGGCCCCUCUCUGUUGGGGUGAACUCCUCAGGGCCAGCCCACCUGACACCCCAGGCAAGGGGAGGAAAGUCAUUGGUACCCAACAUGUACUUAGACACUGAAGCGUAGUGUGGAACAAAUACACAGAAAAUACCCUAGAAGCUUUCAGAGACGCUCCACACUGUCACAAUAGGGCAUUUACAUGUCAGUCAUUUAGCAGGCACUCUUAUCCAGAGACACUUACAGGAGCAAUUAGAGUUAAGUGCCUUGCUCAAGAGCACAUUGAAAGAUGUUUCACUUUAGUCGGCUCCGGGAUUCGAACCUGUGACUUUUUGGUUAAUGGCCCAAUGCUCUGAACCGCUAGGCUACCUGCCUCCCUCACAUGGUAUUCGCAUGGUUAGACAUGGUAUUCACGGUAUGACAUGGUAUUACAAUGGGACCACAUAGCUAUUACAUGGUAUCUCAUGGUAUCCCAGUAGAACCUCAUGAUAUCAUGAUACCUCAUGGUAUCACAGUAGGACCUCAUGAUACCACAAUAGGACCUCAUGGUAUCACAAUAGGACCUCAUUGUAUCACAGUAGGACCUCAUGGUAUCACAGUAGGACCUCAUGGUAUCACAGUAGGACCUCAUGGUAAUAGGACCUCAUGGUAUCACAGUAGGACCUCAUGGUAUCACAGUAGGACCUCAUGGUAUCACAAUAGGACCUCAUGGUAUCACAGUAGGACCUCAUGA